AUGGGGCAGGCAAAAGAAAAUGUUAAUGCAAUUGAAUUUCAUCUUGGAGCUGGAGCUAGCAUAGCAGCAAUCAAGAAUGGGAAGUGCAUAGAUACAACUAUGGCUGUAACCCCAUUAGAAGGGCUUGUUAUGCCAACACGAUGUGGUGACAUUGAUCCUGCUAUUUACCAGAUAUUGGUUUCUCAAAAAAAAAUGAGUUCCAAUCAAAUUGAUUAUGUAUUAAAUAAUGAAGGUGGAUUACAUGGCAUUUGUGGUGACAAGGACAUGAGGAACAUCUUGGAAGCAUCUGAUGCAGGUAGUCAGAGGCAUAAACUUGCAGUUGAAAUUUAUAUUCACGGAAUUCGGAAGUAUCUAAGAGAUUUUUUUUUUCAUCUUGAAGGAAAUGUCAAUGCAUUGAUAUUUAGUGGAGGAGUUGGUGAAGGAUCUACCAAAAUUUGA